AUGAGUCUCAUCUGCCGCCUGGAGGCAAGCUGGUUUCAGGCCACCCGCCCUUAUAUUCAGAAUCUGCGAAGGCAGCUCCUGGUUGAUUCUGUGUUGUGGAGUAUCGUGAAAGAUGGAGCCCGUCGAGGACUCGCCGAGUGCCAGAAAGUGUUUAACAGCAACCGCUGGAGCUGUCCAGUGGAGAUGUACAAGAAGUUGCCUAUCUUUAAUAACAUGACAUUUCCUUACGCCACUCGAGAAACAGCGUUUAUUCACGCCAUCAGUGCUGCCGCUAUCACCGAUGAAAUCGCACAUCAGUGCACACAUAACAUGACACCCGGGUGUGACUGUCCCAAGAAGCCAACAAUGUAUAACGCACAUGAAGUGGUUACUUGGGGGUGUGGUGAUAAUAUCGAGUUUGGAGAGAAGGAGGCUGGACGCUUCACAGACAGACUGGAAACAGGACCUGAUGCUUUGGUGGCAGUGAACCUACAUAACAACGAAGUAGGAAGAGAGGUUCUUCGAAGUAGUGCCAAAAUUGACUGCAUUUGCUACGGUGCUAAGCGCACAUGCGAAUUCAAACAUUGCUGGAAGGAAAUGGCGCCUUUUGAUGUCGUCGCAUCAAAGCUGAAGGAGAAAUACUUUGAUGCUGUGCAAGUGUGGUUCGUAUGUGCGGAAAAGUAUUUUGAAAUAACUUGUAAUGCCCCUAAACCAGUGGUGACAGGUAUCCAAGCUCGAGCACAUCCUUGA